GUACUCUCAGAAUGAAUGUGAUUUGGAGAAACUGUAUUUGUUAUCUAAGGCAAGGAAAGGUGCCACACCGAUGCCAAAGUGGUUACCAUCCAGUGGCUCCUCUGGGAUCAAGGAUUUUAACUGACCCAGCCAAAGUUUUUGAACACAACAUGUGGGAUCACAUGCAGUGGUCUAAAGAAGAAGAAGAAGCAGCCAUAAGAAAAGUAGAGGAAAACUCAGCUGUGCGAGUAGAGCUGGAAGAGCAAGUGAAGUAUGACACUGAAGCAAGUAAAUACUGGGACACAUUUUAUAAGAUUCAUAAGAAUAAGUUCUUCAAGAAUCGUAAUUGGCUGUUGAGGGAAUUUCCUGAAAUUCUUCCAGUUGACAAAAAAACUAAAGAGAAGAUGGGAGAAUCAUCAUGGGAUCAUGUAACUAAUGCUGUGAAUGGUUUCUCAAGAAUUCAAGAAGAAAAUAAUCAUUGUAAGAAAAGCUGUGGCUCAGCAGAUGGUCAGCGCAAAGCAGGGUCUGAUUUUUCCAACCCACACUCUGAAGAACACAGCAAAGCAUCUCUGAAGACUGACAUGUUUCCUGGUAGCAAUGCCACCUUCAGAAUACUAGAGGUUGGCUGUGGUGCUGGAAAUAGUGUUUUUCCAAUUCUGAACACCUUACAGAACACUCCAGAAUCCUUUCUUUAUUGUUGUGAUUUUGCAUCUGUAGCUGUAGAGCUCAUAAAGUCACACUCAUUCUACAGAGUAGCCCAGUGCUUUGCCUUUGUUCAUGAUGUAUGUGAUGAUGGCUCACCCUACCCUUUUCCAGAUGGAAUCCUGGAUGUCAUCCUCCUUGUCUUUGUGCUCUCUUCUAUUCAUCCUGACAGCCCAGUCCUACUGCAGUCCUCAAGAGCUGGCUUUGGAGCUGCAGCCUGAACCAAGUACAAGGUGAAGGAGGGGAAGCAGCUCCUCACUUGUUGCCUUCAUCCCCAAGACCAGAAAUCAAAGGACAGUUGGAGGAAAGGACUUGCAAAGGAAAGUAGCUACAUUUUGAAGAACUUUGUUCUUUAUUUUUUCUGCAUUUUGGUUUUAUCCUUAUUUUACUAAUAAUUACAGAGAUUUUGCUCAGUAACAUAAAGCAUUCAUCCUAAAAAGCAACUAUUUUAAGAUUUAAGUUUGGUUUUCUUUCAUUGCCAAAGCCUAAGGGCAUAAGCACAGUGUGAAAAUCACCUGUAAUAAAGAGGGAAAAAAUCCUUAGUCCUUUUCCUUUUCCCUUUAGUGGAUUCAUAUUCCUCUGUGUGUGUGUGUGUAUGUGUGUGUGGUAUGUGGGUAUUCAACCCAGGGGCUUUGCACAUACUAAAUAUGUGCUUUAUCACUGAGCUGUAUCCCCAGCUUAUGUUCCCAUUUUUAAA